CCUCGUCCUUGGCCCUUCAAAAAGUCAAGUAACCCACCAGAAGCCGUCUUCUGAUAGCUUGAUCGUUCACUGAACAGCCUGAUUACUCUCUUCGAACCCUCCGUUCUUGUGCGCUUCGACCAAAGUUUUCGGAAGUCCCUGUUCGAUCGCCACUUAUCGUGGUGCGAGUCUGCGACUGUUGCAAAAGGUACCUAGCUACAAUAAAACGUCCAUUUUCUAUCUCUUGGCCAGCAUUUAUCCCGUUACGAGAACCUCUGGCUUACACUGUUGGGUGCAGUCAUUCUUCUCGCUUACUCGAGUAGCUUGACAUUCAACUUCUACCUUCCAUCCUCGUCCCCGUCCACUUCUCAUCUGCUUUCUAGCUCGUUUCGCUUCGCAUAUACAACGUUGAAAAUGGUCUUUGUCUCCGAGACUUACCACAGAGACCUCAACGUCAAGGUCAUCUGCAAGUACUGCCAGGAAGACCCGCCAAACUUGGUUGAGAACUUCUCGGAUGGUGAUUUGGUGUGCGGGACUUGUGGAUUGGUGAUGCCCGGUGGACCUAUUGUCGACACCCGCUCCGAAUGGCGUACCUUCGCGAACGAUGAAGGCGGCGAUGACCCCUCCCGUGUCGGUGCUGCCAGCAACGAUCUCCUUCCCGGUAAUCAACUCGACACCAUCAUCUCCUCCCGUGAUGGUUCGACCGGUCGUGCUCGCGAGUUGGCACGCGCACAAGGAAAGUCGACCUCCGCGAGGAAUGAGAGGCAGUUGGUGGAAGCGCACAAGAUCAUCCAGCAAUUCUGUGAUGCGAUCAACUUGCCGAAGCAGAUUACUGACGUGGUGAAGCAUCUGUACAACAGAGUGCAGGACGCGAAGACGUUGAAGGGAAAGACCCAGGAUUCGAUCAUCGCUUCCUGUAUCGUCAUCGCAACACGGCAAUCCGAUGUCCCACGUACAUUCAAGGAGAUCUGUGCCCUCACUCGCGUCGAGAAGCGUGAUCUUGGACGCGUGUUCAAGGUGGUGGAAAAGGUCUUGCAAGAACAGGCCCAAGCUGGAGAGACAGAAGCAAUGGCAAACCCCCACAUGGACUCCUCGCGUACUGCAUACACCGCGACACAAGCAACCGACGCCGCAGACCUCAUGUCCCGCUUCUGCUCCGCCCUCGACCUCCCCGUCUACGUCCAAACCGCUGCAACCGAACUCGCCAAGAAAGACGCCGCGAAGACUAAAUUGGCUGGUCGUGCGCCAACUACUAUCGCUUCCGCCGAGAUUUACUUUAUGAGUCAUUUGUUUGGGAUGGGGAGGAGUGCGGCGGAUAUUUCAAAGAUUGCGGGUGUAAGUGAUUCGACGAUUCGGAAUGCGUAUAAGUUGCUUUGGGCUGUGAAGGAUCAGUUUAUGGAUGAGAGGUGGAGUGCGGAUAAGAGGUGCAAGAUUGAAAACUUGCCGUCUCCCUGAAGGAGCUGAGAUGUGUGAGGUAUGGGCGAAAGGUGAAAAGGAGCAUUCAAAGAAGUUAGACAUUAAGAUGGGGUUUCAAUGGAGAUUGCAAUUGUAUGAUAUUCGCUGGCGGGCGGAGUAAAUGGAGAAUGGGGGCAUUCAUUGGAGG